AUGAAGCUCGCAGAAUUCUUCGAAGCGGUAAGGGGCACGAGCGACGCGAUGCCCGUGGUGGCACGGUCCGACCCAUCGAUGCGGCGCAUCCCAUACAUCCGCCCACCCUACACUUCGAAACGAGCACCCAACAACCACCAUGACACCAUCUCCAAGAAGGCCGUCACGGUGUCCGAAGAUGAGAAUCAUGACCUCACCUCGUCGGACGGGGUCCGUUCUCGACCAUCCCCAACGAGGGUGGAGAGAGAAGCCGUCGAAGGAGUGAACAACUCGGAUACGGAUGUGGACGCAGCGGACCCCGACGAGGCGCUCCCGAUGACCAACCCCGACCCCCUUCGAUUCGACCUUCCCCAGCCCGUGACGAGAAAGGCCUGCGUACUCGUCACGUCCGCGACGAUGAAUCGAUCGAAGCGCUCCCCGAAGGCGCAGAGAAGGCCCGGAUCGGGCGUGAAAUCGGCGAAUCGAGUCCAGCAUCGGGAAAAGUCCUCUACCAUCAUGGCCGAAGAGCCCAGCACAUUCCGGGGGCAUAGAUAG